AUGCUUAGGGCAGCUUUCACCAGAAGAACAGUAAACCAAAUACGUGCAUUUCAUGGCUCAUCAAUUUAUUAUGCCGCAUCUGUGUUUAAAAUGCCAGCAAUGUCUCCCACCAUGAGUGAAGGUGGUAUUGUUUCUUGGAAAGUGAAACCAGGUGAUACUUUCAGUGCAGGAGAUCCUAUUUUGGAAGUAGAAACUGAUAAGGCCACCAUUGAUGUCGAAGCAGCCGAUGAUGGUAAAUUAUGGGAGAUUUUAGUCAAUGAAGGGACCUCCGGAGUACCAGUUGGUAAGCCAAUUGCCUUUUUAGCAGAACAAGAUGACGAUUUAAGCACUUUGGAAAAACCAAGCAUAGAAGAUGUCAAGCAAGAAACUCAAGCUCCCGCUCCACAGGAGAAGAACCCCGAAGAAAAGACUACCAAAAAAGAAGUUAAACAAUCAGCACCACGUGAAGUUUCUACUGGCUCAAGUGUGCUUCAAAAAGCCAAUCCAAAUCAAAAAUUGUCUCCAGCAGUAGAGUUAUUGUUACAUGAAAAUAAUAUUUCCAACGAAGAUGCCUUCGCGAAAAUCCGAGCUUCAGGACCAAAAGGGAGAAUUUUGAAAGGUGACGUAUUAGCCUAUCUCGGAAAGAUUGAUACAGGUGUAGUUGUUGAGUUAACUGAGUUUUUGAAAUCAAGAGAACAUUUGGACUUGUCUAAAAUAAUGCUUGCAGAACCAUCAAAGACAGAAGAAUCAACUGAAUCCAAAUCUAGCAAAGAAGAAAAGGCAAAAGUUGAAAAACCAAAACCAAAAAAUAUUCUUUCAGUUGAAUUAACUUCAAACUUGGGUGAAGAUAUUUCGCAAUCUAAAUUCAAAUUUGCUUUUGAAAAAUCCAUUUCUGCAGCUAUCAGACAAACAUAUGCUUCCAAAUUCCCACAAUUUGCUCAAUCCCCUACUGCAUCCUCAAUUUACGACAAAUAUGACGUGUUUGAUGAAAUACUUUCUGCACCAGUUACAAAGAAUAGAUUUGAAGUUUUUGAUAUCAAGUACAAGUUUUACGGUGAAGAAUCUUCUAAAAACAAGGUUUCAGCAGAUAGUUUUGAUGAACUUUUGGGUUUGCUGACUCCUGUCCAGUAUUUGGAAACUGGGUCUUCUAAUGUCAAUGUUCUGUUCAAAAUCAAAUUUGACGAUAAAUUGCAAGAUUCCAAAUUGUUCGUUGAAAAUUUUGAAAACUCUUUACUUUCACAAAUUCCAGCCAACAAGUUAAAGAUCACAAACUAA